GACUUUCAAUCACUUCCGGGUUCCGGGCAUUUAAACACCUCGUUGCUCCGGUCGAGUCACCACCAAGGUUUUGAUGGUGAAUGCUGGCUUGCUUGAUGGGGUUGACGCAGGAGACAAAGUGAUGGAUUAAGGACUCAAAAUUACUGGGGCACUUUCGAAUGUUGCGCUGGUCAGUGCACCUAGAAGGAGGGCCACGGAGAGUCAACCAUGCUGCUGUGGCGGUUGGACAUAAGGUGUACACCUUUGGAGGCUACUGCUCUGGGGAGGACUACGAGACCCUCCGGCAAAUUGAUGUCCACGUCUUCAACACAGUGUCUCUGCGCUGGAUGAAGUUGCCUCCAGUGAGGACCGGAGGACAAGACUGUGCUCGAGAAGUGCCAUACAUGCGUUAUGGCCACACAGCUGUGCUGCUGGAUGAUAUUAUCUACCUCUGGGGUGGGCGUAAUGACACAGAGGGGGCCUGCAAUGUGCUUUAUGCCUUUGAUGUCAACACCCAUAGAUGGUUCACGCCCAAGAUUUCAGGAACAGUUCCAGGGGCAAGGGAUGGCCACUCUGCCUGUGUCUUGCAGAAAGCAAUGUAUAUAUUUGGAGGAUAUGAGCAGCUGGCUGACUGUUUCUCCAAUGACAUUCACAAGUUGGACACCAUCACCAUGGUCUGGACAUUAAUUAAUGCCAAAGGCACUCCAGCACGCUGGCGAGACUUCCAUUCAGCUACAAUCAUUGGGACAAAGAUGUUUGUUUUUGGGGGGCGAGCAGAUCGCUUUGGUCCUUUCCACUCGAACAGUGAAAUUUACUGUAACAAGAUCAAAGUGUUUGAUACAGAGACAAACUGCUGGUUGACCACGCCUUCAACACAGCCAUUGCCAGAGGGACGCAGGAGUCAUUCAGCCUUUUCCUACAAUGGCGAGCUGUACAUAUUUGGAGGAUACAAUGCCCGUCUGGACCGACACUUCAAUGAUCUCUGGAAAUUUAAUCCAGAUGCCUUGUCCUGGAGCAAGGUUGAACCGAAGGGGAAAGGCCCAUGUCCACGGAGACGACAGUGCUGUUGUAUGGUUGGAGAUCGCAUCAUUCUGUUUGGAGGAACCAGUCCCUGUCCAGAGCAAGGAAUGGGAGAUGAAUUCAACCUGAUGGAUCAUUCAGACCUGUAUAUCUUAGACUUCAGUCCUAAUUUGAAGACGUUAUGCAAAAUAGCUGUUAUUCAGUACAGUCUGGAGCAGUCAGGACUCCCACAUGAUAUCAGGUGGGAACUGGCAGCCAUGACCACCAACAGCAACAUCAGCAGGCCCAUCUUCUCCUCCCACGGCUAAGAUAUGAAGCAGAACCAGAACUCUUUGCUCUGUUUCAGGACACUGGGUCUUCACCUCAGCUCCGAGGGACUUUUUUUUGUUGUCGUUUUUAACAGUUUGGAUCUUUAUCAUUUGCGUUCUCAUUACUGACCAAAAUGUUGUGCAUAUGGCGUCCUUGAACUCUACGAGCUCCUCCUGUAAACGGAUGUUUUCCCCCCUCAGACACUGUUCAUGUGAACAAUUUAUUGUUUGUUGUUGUUGUUGUUUUCUAGCCUCUCGAGAAGUCAGUCAGCCUAUGAUAAUCAUAGACUACUAAACAUAAGCACAGGAAGAUAUGAGAACUUCAGCCAAAGGUUUUGAGAGCUGAACUCUUUGUUGAGGAUGUCACAGGAUGUUAUCCUGGUGUCACACUCAGCGGAUCUCCACCAAGAGACCAGUGUGAACUUUUUGCUCCAAACAACAACUGGGAGGGUCAGCCAUUUGUAUAUCUCACAGUUCUGUGGUCACAAAACCAUAAUAAAGGUACUAUGUCCAUUUACUGCUGAUAAACCUGUGGUACACAGUACGUGGUAUCUACUGAAUCAAGAUAAUUACUUUGGUGUUAAAUGCAAGUAGACAAGCAUACAAGUACAAACA